UCUUUAAUAAAUAAAUGAGUAAUAUUGCUAUCAGGAGAAUUCAGAAGGAGUACAAGCUGCUCCAGGAUGACCCAGAUCUCCUUCCAAACGCAAUUGUGGUACCUGACCCGAAUAAUCUGUAUGAAUGGAACUUUGCUAUCUAUGGACUUGAAAAGCCUUACACUGGGGUCUAUCAUGGAGCAGUCACUCUUCCUCAGAAUUAUCCCAGAAGUCCUCCAGAAAUAAGGAUGUAUACGCCAAACGGUAGGUUCUUGACAAAUGAAGCUCUCUGAUUGAGUAUCUCAAGUUAUCACCCUGAAAGCUGGAAUCCAGGCUGGAGAUUUUACCAAGCAAUUAUUGGGUUGGUGAGUGUUAUGACCGAGGAUGUUGAACAUGGGAUUGGAAUGAUCGUAGAAUCAGAAUCUGAGAGGCUUAAAAGAGCUAGAGAAUCGAUAGAGUUCAAUCUCAAAAAUCGCAAUUUUACAAAAUUAUUUGAACCUUAUUUCUCAAAACUUAGGAUACAGGAGCAUUCUGAGGAAAAAUCUAUUGAAGAAAAUAACAAUGUGGUAGAAGAAGAGAAAGAGUUUGAAUAUCUAGACAUUCAAAAUCAGAUUGAUAGACUGGACAGAAUGGAUAAACUGAAACAUGUAACUUUACGCUAUGGUAUUCCAAUCACACUGCUUACCACUGCCACAGGCGUGCUUGGGUUCCUGAUAUACAAACAUUCAAAAUAAGCUGAUUAGGAAAACUCUGAAAUUUAGGAUAUAGUUUUAAUUCAUGCCAAUUUGU